AGCCGCUGUGGGAGACGUAACAUGGGCGCCUGAGGCCGGGGCGGAGGUCGGGGUGGGCUGAGCGCGGGGCCGGGCGGGGUUGCGGGGCGAGGCCGGUCCGAGGUGCUGGGCGGGCUGUCCCGGCCCCGCCGGAGGGGAGGGCGCGGAGGCGGGGGCCGAGGCCGGGAACGGGGCUGGGGCUGGGGCUGGGGCUGGGUACGGCCCGGCUCCUCCCGGCACUGCUCCCGUGCAGGCGGCUGCGGCUGGGGCGCCGAGCUGAGCCGAGCCUGCCCCGCCGGACGUGGCCCGGCAGCCGAGCAGGAGGCGGUGAGGGGCCGGGGCCAUGGCCGAGACCGGCUCUCUGCACGCCACCAGGUUCGAGGCGGCCGUGAAGGUGAUCCAGAGCCUGCCCAAAAAUGGUUCAUUCCAGCCAACGAAUGAGAUGAUGCUCAAGUUCUAUAGCUUUUAUAAGCAAGCAACCCAAGGACCCUGUAACAUUCCUCGACCUGGAUUUUGGGAUCCAAUUGGUAGAUACAAAUGGGAUGCUUGGAGUGCCUUGGGAAACAUGUCCAAAGAAGAAGCCAUGAUAGCCUAUGUUGAUGAAAUGAAAAAGAUUCUUGAGAGCAUGCCAAUGACGGACAAAGUUGAAGAGUUACUACAAGUAAUAGGCCCGUUCUAUGAAAUAGUAGAAGAUAAAAAGAACAGAGGAUCUGACCUAACAUCAGACCUUAGUAAUGUUAUGAAUUCCACUCCAAAUAUAAAAGCUGUAAAUGGAAAAGCUGAAAGCAGUGAUAGUGGAGCAGAAUCAGAAGAAGAAGGGCUUCGUGAAGAGGAAGAAAAAGAAGUGCAGGUAAAUGGAAAAGAUUAUAAGAAUGUGAAAUCCGAAUCAGCAGCUGCUAAGGAUUUGGAAGGUAUUGUUAGUAAUGGCUGUUACAAGGACAGCUUUAUCCCAGAUAUGCAGAAUGGCAUCCAGACCAAAUCUGCCUUGAAUGGCUUGAACCCAGAGGAAGAAACAAAUAAAACGGAGCCAAGCCUGGAAAUAGCUCAGAAUGCUGCUCACCAAGGUGCAAGUGAAGAGAAUACUGAAGAGAUCUCAGCAGCUCAGCACUUAACCAGUGAUUCAGACAGUGAAGUUUAUUGUGACUCUAUGGAGCAGCUUGGACUAGAAGAGCCCUUGGAGAUCAUCACAUCAGCUAAAGGAUCUUUAAAGCAUUCAUCCCAUUUCUUGGAUGUAGAUCACAGUCCUCUGUUAGAAAAUACGGAUUUUCCAAGGCGCACUUGCAUGACUUAUGGGAAUCUCCAUCCUGGAAACACUGAAGAGGGAGUAGCUGAAGAACAAGGUGAAGUCAAAUGUGGAGGAGAAGAUGGCAAAGCCAGUAAUGGAGGUCCUCACAAGGAGAAAAAAGGUGGAGAAAAAGCCGAUUUCUACAGUGUCAGAAGAGGGAGAGGGCAUAGACUGCAGCCUUUAGGAGACGGGUCCCAGGGUGGCCAGAUGGGCAGUGGAGGGGACGGCGAGCGCUGGGGCUCCGACAGAGGCCCCCAGGGAAGCCUCAAUGAGCAGAUUGCAGUGGUGCUGAUGCGGCUGCAGGAGGACAUGCAGAAUGUCCUGCAGAGGCUGCAUAUGCUGGAGGCUGUUGCAGCAUCACAGGCAAAAUCUGCAACACUACAGUCAAAUUACCAGCCCACCUCCUCUGUCAAGAAACCAUCAUGGUGGCCCUUUGAAAUUUCUCCUGGUAUUCUAGCUUUUGCUGUUGUUUGGCCAUUUAUUGCCCAGUGGUUGGUACAUGUGUAUCACCAAAGAAAGCGAAGAAAACUGAACUGAGAAUUCAUGACUAUAUUUAAGGACUUCUAGGAGAAGAUGGCCCUGGAAAGCAAAGGAAGUCUGAAUUCUCGUAGAAUCUCAGAAUUUGGGAUGAUCUUCCUUAUGUUACAGUAAUAUUUUGUACUACCUUCGAGCUAAAUGUUUAAGGACUAAUAUUAUUGAAACUUGAAUGAUUCACAGCUCCUAGGUAACAAAUAAAUUGAAUAAUUCCAUCCUCAACACCAUAUGAACAAUAAUUAUUUUGGAAUGUGCUUGUGGAUGGGUCGUCAGUAAUUACUGGCACUGCUGAUGUCAGCUGAUGAAGAGAAUAACAUCUCUGUAAAAGAACACAUGAAAAAUAUGUAAAACUGUCACUUUAAUAUUGAAAUAAUUUUACAAUCUCAAGAUCCCUGCCUGUUUUUCCACAGCAUUACAUAUUGCCAGGUGAAAGCUCUAAAAAAGUAUAAAUUCAGUACAUUGUAAGCUGUUGGAAAAAUACAAUAUAGUGCUGAGGAAUUCAACUUGUUAUUCUUGCUGCUAAACUAGUGUGGGGCAAUUUCCAUAUAAAUUAGUCAGAAAUGAAGUUGAAUCCUUCACUUAUCCUGUAAAAUUGUAAAGAAGAUUUGGGUAUUUGUAUAUAUCCUGAAAGUUAGAGCCAUUAAUAACGGGGGGACUGUCAAAUACAAGUUUGGAAACAGCAUGUGGUACAAGGGAUCCAUGUAAAGAGGCUGCACCUUAUCUUUUUAACUUUCAUAACUGUAUUCUUGUUGACAACAGCUUAUUUUAACUGAAAUGCAUAGUUUAGGCACAAGGUGCAUUAAAAUGAGAUGAAAACUAGCUCAGUAGGUCUAGCUUUAAGCUUUUAAAAAGCUCAGUGCACUGUAAGUUUUCUGUUGGCAGUUAAAGUAAGAUUUAAUGUAUUGUGGAUUUUCCCCAAGUCACAUCAUGAAACAUAUCAGUUCUGGUAUGUCUUUCUUAUCCUUCUACUUCCUCUCAGAAAAAAAAACAAAAAACAACCUUUUCAGCUAAUUUUGGAGCUGAUAUUUUUCUUUUCCCCACAGAAUAUUUAUUAAUCCAUAUACAGAUAGAGGUAGAACUUGUGAAGUUUGCUUGACAAAAGCAUACUUUACACUUAAUUUUUAAAUAAAUUAAUAUAUAAGUUGUCUAAAUCUCUGGAAAACGCAAAUGCACUAAAAUUAGAUUUGACAGAAAACUUACAGUUUGCUAUGAAGAAUUAUAUCACAACAUAAUCCAUGGUUAAGCUCUGAAUCUUCAAAAAUUUCACCAUUAUUGAUGUGCGUUCAUUUUCCACCAGGACUACAUCCUACAAAUAAUUUUUAAGGAAAGUUUUUUUGGUCCUUCCUGAAAAUAUUUUAUAGUUUGGAAAACAUUUUUCAUAUAAGCUAUACUGUAUAAAAAUGUAAUCACAGAAUUUAAUGUUGGUUUUACCAGAGAAAUUUUAAUCUUGUUUUUUAGUUAUGUGAAAAUUUUUUUUAGUUAUUUUCCCCUUCUUCUGAUUUUCUUACUGUAAAGCUGAAUUAAAAAAUAAAAUAGCUGUAACCUCUUUGAAGACUGCUGUAACAAGCAGAUUGUUUCAUGUGCCAGAGAUGAGUUUUGGCAUGAGAUGUACUGAAAACUCAGGUUUGAACAAAGCUUAUCCUGAAGUUCUGCUGGGACCUGAAGCCAUUGUGCCUGAGCUUCAAAUCCCUAAAGUGACUGAUUUCUUAUUAUAAGGGAUAGAAAUCAUACAGGAGGGACACUUGAGCUUGAAGGUCACAUGAAACCCCAGCCUCCUGAAGCAGCAUGUCUUCUGCAAGGACAAACCACCCUGGAGUGCCUCCCAGCUCGUGUCACCUGUAGGGGUUGAGCUCUUAGAGAUGGGACAGACAUUCCCAAAGGUACUUAAUUAUUAACCUCUCCCUGAAAUAAAUGUAGGCUUGUAAUAUCCUUGUUAUUUAUUCAUAUUUCAAUAAAUCAAUCCCUUAA